AUGAAGGAUGCCGCAGAAGGCGGUGUGAAUGCGUGGAGUGAGGCUAAGAAACCGCUGCAGAUUCUCGUGGACACUGGAAGCAGCAACUUCGCCGUGGCAGGUGCCCCGCAUUCUUACAUAGACUCGUACUUUGACACGGAGAGGUCCAGCACGUACCGCUCCAAGGGCUUUGACGUCACUGUGAAGUACACGCAAGGGAGCUGGACCGGCUUCGUGGGGGAGGACGUGGUCACCAUCCCGAAAGGCUUCAAUGGCUCAUUUCUUGUCAACAUUGCCACCAUCUUCGAAUCCGAGAACUUCUUUCUGCCCGGCGUCAAAUGGAAUGGGAUUCUGGGACUCGCGUAUGCUGCCCUGGCCAAGCCGUCAAGUUCCCUGGAGACAUUCUUUGAUUCUCUGGUGGCACAAGCAAGAAUCCCCAACGUCUUCUCCAUGCAGAUGUGUGGGGCGGGACUGCCCGUCGCUGGAUCCGGUACCAACGGAGGUAGUCUUGUCCUGGGUGGAAUUGAACCAAGUUUGUACAAAGGAGACAUCUGGUAUACCCCUAUUAGGGAGGAAUGGUAUUACCAGAUAGAAAUUCUGAAGUUGGAAAUUGGAGGCCAGAGCCUUAAUCUGGACUGCAGAGAGUACAAUGCAGACAAAGCCAUCGUGGAUAGCGGCACCACACUUCUGCGCCUGCCCCAGAAGGUGUUUGAUGCGGUUGUUGAAGCCGUGGCCCGCACGUCUCUGCACUUCCCCAUCUGUAAAAUCCAGAAGCGGGACGAUACCUGCUUGUGGAUGACUUCUGACCCCAAACUCUGUGAUCUGAGGGUCAAAACUGUCCCCCGAGGACACGUAGCUUAG